AUGGGUGUCAUAAAAUUUGUAUUUUGCAUUGUUUUGGUUCUCAAUAUUGUAGAAGCUAUCAGCAUUGAAGAAAGCAAGGAAACAGAAGAAUUUAUUACCAAAUUAUUUGAUCCUGCGUCUGGAUUAUUGGAUGAGGAUACGGCAGAGAUUCUAUGGGUCACUUGCAUGGAAGAUUUGAUUCAUGUAAGGAAAGACAUCGGAGAUCUUGGCUUAUGCCUACCAAGGGAAUCACAUAGUAGAGCCAAUGAAGUUGCCUCAGAAUUCAGAUCAAUUACAAGAGAAAACAUCCAAAUUUUGAUUAGUACUUGCAAUCCACAGUUGAAGGAAAACUUUCUUAACUGUUUGAGAAAAAACAGCGUUCCAUUACAAGAUCAAUCCAAGAGUUGGAACACUGCUUACGAGGGAUCAGGUUCAUCCAAAAGAUAUCCGCGUCGAAUUUCGCCUCGAUACUUAGCAGAAAAACAAGACAAAGAUGGUGGCAAUAAUGGAUCAUCUAAAAAAGAUAAAAGUGAUAGUGAUUCUGAUAAAUCAUCGAAGAAGAAGUCGUCGAAGUCUUCUGACUCUAAAAGUAAACAACAAGAGAAAGCGGUUUAUAAUGCCAUAGCUAUGAUUGCAAUGGUGACAUUUGUAUUUGCAGUAUGUAUCUUUUUAUGUUGUUGUAGGUGUUGUGGAAGUGGUAGAGUUAAUCAAACCGAUGAAAGACCACUUCUCAGCAUGAGCAGGAGUGAUUACUCUGUUGAUUCUUCUUCAAAUAAUAACUCCUCAAAAAUUUCAAUACAUGAGGAGAGACAUGGAAUUCAAUCAAUAAGUAGUAUUUUGGCUGACGAGAGAAAGAACUCGAUAAAAGAAGAUGCUGCAAGACCAUCAUUUGACCUUAAACCUCCACCUGGUAGGGUAGGAAGUGCUAUUCCACCUUUGAAACCUCCUCCAGGAAGACCUGAUCCUCUUCCACCCGAACCACCAUUAGUUAAGACUUUUGAUUAUGCCGUUAAUCCACCGCCACCACCUCCUCCCCCUAGACUUCAAACGCCUAGCAGUGGUGCUGUUCUUCCUCCCGGACUACCGAGGCCUGGCGGUGGUGGCUCUCCUCCACCUCCACCGCCGAAACUUGGCAAUAGUGGUCCUAACCCUCCUCCUCCACCACCACCACGUGGAAAACCAGGCGGUCCUCGACCGCCACCACCUCCUAAGAGUGGUGGAGGUCCUCCAAGACCUCCACCUGCAUUUGGUCAAAAAGGUACUAGACCUUUACAUGGUGGACCAAAGGUUCAAGGGAACGUUGAAUUUAGUUCAGAAGGUGAAGGUGAAUCUGAUGAUGCUCCUAAAACCAAGUUAAAGCCUUUUUUCUGGGAUAAGGUUCAAGCCAACUCAGAUCAAACUAUGGUUUGGAAUCAACUCAAAGCAGGAUCAUUCCAGUUUAAUGAAGAAAUGAUGGAAACCCUUUUUGGAUAUAGUACUCCAUCAAUGGAGAAAAAAGGUGGACAGAAGAAAGAUCCUUCCUUCCGUGAUGCUCCACCUCAGUUUGUUCAAAUCAUUGAGGCAAAGAAAGCACAAAAUUUAUCAAUUUUGUUGAAAGCAUUAAAUGUGACACUAGAAGAAGUCCGUGAUGCACUACUUGAAGGAAAUGAGCUCCCAGCAGAAUUUCUUCACACUCUGAUAAAAAUGGCACCAACAUCAGAGGAAGAACUUAAGCUUAGACUUUUCAGUGGUAGUAUUUCUCAACUUUGUCCUGCAGAUCGGUUCCUUAAAGCCCUGGUUGAGAUUCCCUUUGCUAUUAAACGAAUGGAAACAUUGCUUUACAUGAGUACUCUUCAAGAGGAGCUCACAUCUACCCGAGAUUCGUUCUCAAUUUUAGAGGUUGCUUGUAAGGAACUAAGGAGCAGUAGGUUAUUCCUCAAGCUUCUUGAAGCUGUUCUUAAAACAGGAAACCGAAUGAACGAUGGAACAUUCCGUGGGGGUGCACUUGCAUUCAAACUUGACACGCUACUAAAAUUAUCUGAUGUAAAAGGAGUAGAUGGGAAAAUCACCCUCUUACACUUUGUUGUUCAAGAGAUAAUGCGAACAGAAGGAAUAAGAGCGGCUCGAAUGGUGAAAGAGAGCAGCAGUUUCUCUAGUAUAAAAACCGAUGACCUUCUCGAAGAGGUUAAUCAUGAAUCAGAAGAACACUACCGUGAAGUAGGUCUCCAAGUUGUUUCACAUUUGAGCAAUGAUCUUGAGAAUGUGAAGAAAGCGGCAGCACUAGAUGCGGAUGGCUUGACGAGCACAACAGCUAGGUUAGGCUACGGUCUUAUAAAAACGAGAGAUUUCUUUAACAAAGAACUGGUGAACAACUUAGAGAACGAUAAAGGGUUCCAUGAGACAGUUAAGAGGUUUGUGGAGAAAGCUGAAGUUGAAGUCACAGGUUUGUUAGAAGAGGAGAAGAAAAUUAUGGCUCUUGUGAAGAGUACGGGUGAUUAUUUUCAUGGGAGUACAGGGAGAGAUGAAGGGCUGAGAUUGUUUGUAAUAGUACGCGAUUUCUUAAUAAUGUUGGAUAAGGUAUGCAGAGAGAUUCAAAAAGCACCCAAGAAGCCAAUAAAGAAUGUGACUAAUGCUAAUGCUAAUUCUAAACCGGCAACGCCGAAAAAGCGUCCUCCACCUCCGGAUAUUCGUCAGCGGUUGUUUCCGGCUGUGGUAGAGAGGAGAGUGGGGGAUGAUUUUAGUUCAGAUGAAGACAGUCCAUAGGUUCAACUCAAGUUGGAAAUUGUGUUGCGACAAUUUUUGCUUCUUUUUUAUUUUUCUGUUGUCAUGUCAUUACUUACUAUAUAGAAUUGUUAGAGACAUGACGAAUUGAUUGCUUACUUGUCUAAUUUUUGGAAGGGAUGAUUGUGUUGUUGAUCAUUCAUUCUCUGAAUGUAUGUAAAGUCAUGGUUUAGUUAGAUUUCUUUUUGUAUAAAGAUGGUUAGAUUGUGUGUA